AUGUCUAUCUGGAUGAUACUGCCUGUCAGCCUCCCAGUGCUGACCAUCACUGGGAUAUGGGUUGUGUAAGUGUUAAACUUCUUUGUUCAAAAAGCUAUUGUAGCAAGUGUAUACAUCCAUACAAGCCCACUCUGUUCCUUCUUAAAGCAGGAAUGCAGAAGUGUUUUUUGCUGACUUAACAGUGAUUUCCAUGCUGAGAAUGAAACUGGCAUUUUUCCGCCUUUGAAACACUAUGGCUACAAAAAUACCAUCAGUUUACAGUAAAUACCACCAGGCUUUGGCCAAUAUGGAUUUUUUCAGAUUCUUACACCCAUCAGUAUAUUAACAUUGCAUUAAAACAAUUGAUUUAUUGUGUUAGUCCAACUUAAACUGCACUUUUAAGACACACCUAAACUUGUAAGUCUAGUUAAAAUCAAGACAGUUUUCUUGAAGUCAGACUAACAUACAUAUAUAAUGUGAUUGGGGGUUGAUUUCUCUUGCAUUUCGAACCCAAACUGGCCCAGGUGUUCUAUGCAUACUCCACAAUUUGCAUGUCAGACUGAAACACAGACAUCAAACGGCAUUAAUGUGUAGAAAGAAGCUGGGUAGAAAACAAAGUAGACCUUGACAGAAGAAGAAUAAAGUGAACCAGGUGAAGUUAUCAUUUGUGUAAAAUUACAAAGCAGUAAAGGUGUCCAUGUUUUCACCUUUUAAUAUUCAGCCAGCAUCGAACUUGUUUGUUGAUUGUUUUGGUGUGUAACUUAACAGAUCAACCAUCUGACGGUCCAACAGUAACAGAAAAGGGCAGAUUUCCACCCACUGUAACAAACGCAGAAGUACUUUUGUUAAUAAAUCUAUUCUCACUCUGCGUUUCCAUGCAGAGACAAAGACAGUAGUCCAACUAAAUGGUCUAAUCAAGCUAAUGAAGUUGUAGAACUAAGAUGUUACAUCAUGUGCAUGAAAAGGUGUUGACUGUGAACACAAUGAAAACUAAGCCUUUCAUCUACAUUAACAUCUAAAUCUACUGUUGGAGUUUGAAAAAUCUCCUCAAAUAUAAUUUUAAUAAAAGUGUUUAGGUGGUCUAAAAACUCACUUAUGUUGUUAAAGUUUGGGUGAAAUAUCAUUUGAUACCUCAGUCUGUCUUCUUGGAAGAGAAAGCGGUGUAUUUACCCUGACAUUCCUUGCAGCCAUGGUGAUCUAAUGUGGCUUAACUCUGUCUGAGACGGACCUGGGAUUAUCAGACCUCUCUUAAAAGUGUGAUGCACUGGUUCACAGUAAAGCUUCAUUAUGUGGAUUACAGUAUCUAAGCAGAUGUGCAGAGGUGUGAGAGAACCUCCUGGUUAUGUUUGGGCUGACAGCUUCCCUUACUGCUCUGUUAUUACUUUGAAUAGAGGAAUGCAGACCCUGAGGGGGGAGAGACAGGUGGCCUGAUUCCAAAUUGCCUCUGUUUUUUUUCUAAAUUUAGGCUAAGUGCUACAUUUGUGAUGACUUGUGUUGUGAGAAAGCAGUCAAAUCAGAUGCCAAAGCUGACAGCGUGUGCUGUCAUAACUGACUGCAGACGUGGCUGCCUCACAGUUCAGCGAGGGGUGUGUAUUCAGGUGUUCAGAGCUCUGCAAAAAGAGGAAUGUCUGAGCAAAGAAGGUGCUUUAGCCCUGCAGUACACUGAGCUGGAGAACAUACAGGCACAAGUUAGAGUUCAUAUCACAGUUUUCUUUCUUGAGGGUAGAAAGUUGAUCCAAGUUGAGGUGCCUAAUGUUGCUUACUGUCGGUCCCUGAAAGCAUUACUCUUUCCUGUUACCUUGACAAGGGCGCCUUGUUUCUAAGAGUAGUCAGAGGGUCUUUUUUACAGACUCGUGGAAUGUCAAAGGAUGUGACGUGUUGCGUAAUUCCCGCUCUUACUGUGAGGGAAUGGGGGGGUGCAAGGUAAAUACAAGAGGGGAGAAAAAGAGAGCGUAAGCAGAACUUUCACUCGGCGUCUGGUGGCCAUGCCCAGUGUACAGAAGGUCUGUGAGGCCAAAAAAGCUUAGACUCGUGCCAACCACAGAGUCUCAGAGUAGAAACUUUGCAGACCGCACAUUCAUGAGGCAAUGCUCCACAGUUUGGCUCCACUUUACCUUUGAAAGCUACUUUUAGUGCUGAAAGACUUUUGAAAUACUCUUCUUGCGAGUCUUUCCUGCUAAAAUUCACUCGUAGCUCAUGCAUCAUCACACCCUUUCCUGUGGUUUUUGACCUGUGAAAUCUUCUCAGAAUUUUCACCAGAUCUUUCCAUGACAGUCGCUCUUAAAGUUCUUAGUUCAUUCCUGAAUAAAUACAACAUGGUCUGUACCACCUAAAUAUUGCUCACAGGCAUGCACUUACUGGUUACAACUGCUGAGCUCUAAAAGAGGUCUAAUUAAGUCAACAAACCUAUUAUUACUUGGCCGCCCUGGACCACAGACUGCACAAGUAAAAUCUCACUAACUGCUCAACAGGACCUCUACAUUGAGAACGUUUUUAGAGCUAGUUUUAACUUUGAGCUGAAAAUGUGCCUCAGAAGUUGUGGAAAAUCCAACAACUGUAUUUGGCUCUUUUUUUCCCCUCCUAAUUUUCCCCCAAAUGAAGUCCUAAAGUGAGCCUCUACAUCAGUGUGAGCUUCUUCUGCUGCUCUGAGCUGGAGCUCUGGCAGCCCUCCGUACCUGACGAACAUGUUCCACUCGCACUCGCGGGUCUUCUCUCUGCAUUAUGUAACAGAGCAUUUACUCCUCCUAGCAGACAACAUGCCUGCCAUCUGGUUUGAUACGACUUCCACAUGCUGGUUUGCAUAACAUAAUGCCAACCAAAUGUUGCCAUCCUUGAAGGCAGUUGCUAUCAGACGUAUAAAUAACGUGUGGAGUCUGAAAACUACGAUCAUGUCAGUACAGAUUGAGACUUAAGAUAUGUGCGACCUGGCAGCGCACCAGUUUGGAAAAUUCUGUCGUUCCAGGAUCUUUGUGAGAAUCAAAAAUUAGUGUUGCUGUAGAAAGUGUCAUGAAGACCAUUCGUUUGCAAUAGCAUGUUUCUUUUUACUCGUAAGUGGGGAGCAGGUGUGUGUGUCUGCAUGAUUUAUAUAUAUCUAUCUCCUCAAAGGCUACUUUGUGUGAAGGAUACUGUCUGCCAUGGAAACAAACUAAAUUGGUACUUAACCUCCUACUGAACUACAACUGCAUUCACAAAUCAGGACAAAUAGUCUCUGUAUCUCAGUCGAUGUUUCGGACUCUUAAACGUGUAUCUUCGCUGACAUGAACAUCAUUUUGUCAGAUAUUUUACUGUUUACUGUUCACACCUCCCUGAAAAACAUUCACCCAGAAUUUGACCAUUACAUUACAGUUUCUUCAGUUUAAAAGCGAAGUCCAGCAUUGAUUUAAAAAUGAAUAAUUAUAUUCAUAUUUCAUACGUGUCUGUCAUUUUCAUAUUCAUACAAUCAGUGUGAUACAAGUUAGGCAUGUAUAGACAGAGCAGACAGGCUGAGAUUUACUUCUAGGGGGGAAAUAAUCAAAGUCCUUAAACCUAAAGGCAGCAAUACCUCAUAGUGAAGCAUUCAGUGUUAUUAUUAUUAUUUUUUUAAUCAGCCCUGAGGCUCAUUCUCUGGUAGAAACACAAUAAAUAAUUUCCAGAAAUAAAAUAUUGAGUUUGCACAGAAAGUGUAGAUGUAUUUCUUUAUUUAGCUGCUGAUUUAGCACAAGGACCCGCUGAGAUCAAGCUCACGUUUCCAGGAUUGCUCUGCAACAAUAUAAAGAUAAUCAAAGAUCUCUUGAUAUUUUAUAAGCAACGGUUUUCUCAGUAAUAGAAACGAUCUUUAAUUCUGAGGGGUGGGCUUACUCUCUUGAAUCUGGGUCUUUAUCUGGCAAAAUCCAGUUUUUAUCUCUUGAUCCUCCGGUCUUUGACUCCUCUGAGGAUGUAGUGGGUCAGUGACCGGAUCAAAUAAACCCUCCUGGUAGAGUUCAGUAUUCCUCACACUGGCCUUGCUGACACAAACCAGUUUUUUUUCCUUUUUGACCUCCCAGUUCCAGGCAGGGUGAUAAGAAAUGGUCAAAUAUCAGGUCGCCCAGUCCUGCAGGUUGAACAAACACACUCAGCUCAGUGUUAGGUUAAACUGGCUGGAUUUUACUGUCUUGAGUUCACUUUCAAUUUUCAAUAUUAGACAGACUGUAGUGACUUUAAGUAACACAACAGAUUUCAUUUAAGAGUUUAAGAGGCCAGCUCAGAUUAUUUUACCUAGGGGGUUCAGUGCUCAUUGCAAAAUGUAGUUCCAUUCACUACAUCACCCAUGACUCUGAUUGAUGCCUGCAGGCGGAAAUUUAGAAAUCAUAGUAAAUUAUUGGUAUUUUAUUCAUUCAAUUCAUUUACUUCCAUUAUGAAAAUAUGAAAUUUUCAUUAGAUAUUUAUAUUUCAGUCACUGUCUAAGUUGCUGUAAUGAUAAAAUCAUCAUUGGAUGCACCAAAAGUGUAUUUUUAUUUGACUAAUCACACUCUCUCUCUCUCUCUCUUGAAGGUAUGCCAUGGCCUUGUACAACCAGCACGUGUGCCCAGUGGAUAAUUGGUACGCUGCUUUAUUCGUCCUUUAUUUCUGCUUCAUCAAACCUCUAUUGAUCCCCGCUCACUUUAUAAAAUCAAACCUCGCAGUGUGGCGAUGUGUCACUGUCAGUUUUUAUUCCCUGUUUUUUUUUUUCUCUGCAUGAUGGAGUCAGUCCUGUUUGUUGCAUGUUACACACUGAGGCAAUUGCUUUACAGGAUAAAUAAAAGAGAAUAAGACAAGCAGAAAUAUGAUCUAAAAGAGGAGGGGUGAUAAUAUUUAGAUUCAUUUAAAUAAUUAAGAAGAAGUGUGAUCAGCAGAGGGUUCUUGUAGGUCUGAAGUGUGAUUGUAUUUAGUUCAUGCUCUGUCAGUGGGUGACUGAACACUCCCCUGGAUGUGAGGUUUGUCUGGACAGGCUGAUUUAAUCUCUACCGGCGGAGCAACUUUUUGAUGACGGGUGAUUUUCUGCCGCUCUGUUGUCAACCUCUAAAACAAAAUGCUGCCUGGAUGUUACCCCACAACAUGGUGCUCAGACAAAAAGUUGAACAGUUCAAUUGGACUGUUGUAUAAAAACUACAACUUAUUAAACAUCAAAAUUAACUUUUUAUUCAAGAAACUCAAAAAAUAUACAGAAAUAUAUUCAUACCUGUUUUUCAGGGGUUGUAUGUUUGGAGUUGUGCUGAUAUUUCUACAGUUCAAAACUCCUCUAUAUGUGCGUCUCUAAUGUGUGUGCAUGCGUGUGUUUGAUGUCCUAGGUUGUACAACCAGUCAUGUGAAGAGGAGCUGUAUUUGCAGAGUGGACCGACCUUGUGCUGCACAUUAGACAAUGUACCUCUCAUCAGGUUGGUGAAAGCCCACCCUCACUUCUCCCCCCGUCUGUCUCUGCUCUUGUCUUUUCUCUGUCUUUUGUUUCUAGCUUCUGUCUGGCGCUUUAAAAAACAGGAACAGUGUCCCAUUGUUUGACGUGACCCCUGUCGGCACAUUGUUGAUAAAAAGCGAGCAAACUUAAAGGAGACAGUCCUCCUGAGUGCGGGUGUGUACAUUCUGAAAAUAACUUGGGGCUGAAAUAUCCUGCUGCCUGCCACCGUGGCACUUCUGGGGAAAAGCAUGGGUCUGUACUUUACCAUGAAAACACACACACACACAGAGGAGUCGGCUUACAUUUGGAGGGAAUCAAGACACUCCCACUCUUAUGUUUAGCUUUUGUGCCUUUGAGCUUUAAACAUCAAAGACUAGAGUGUAAGUAUUGUGGUAUGUACGAAACAACUGGAGGAAAUUAUUCCAAAAAGAAGUGAAUCAUUUCUCUAACCGCGUAACACGUUGAUGAGUAACAGGGGUGAGAAAAUAUUCAAACUAGAUGUUGAAAAUGUCUCAAGGUUGGAAGAGUAAUUUUUAACCAAUGCAGUGCACAUAUAGAAGCCUAAAUGUAAAGUUUUAAGAGAACUUGUCAGGCUGUUGAACUGUUCAUCCAUCCGCUAAACACAUCAAAGUCUCCUUCACAAACCAUCAGCGUGAGUCUGUUUGAAUUUUACGUUUUACUGAGGAAUGUGUGUGUGUGUGACUGCAGUCAGCUGAGAAAGCUUUGGCUUUGUUGGCAGCUGCAGCUCGGGCACAGACAGCCUGUGUUGACUGUCUCCUGCCUUCCCCUCCUACAAACAUUUCCCAUUCCUAGAGGAGAGGCAGUAAGCAGUAGGUGAAAAGUCAAAAGCUUCUAGAUGGGAAACGAGGAAACGUGAUUUCCCCCCUCCUUCCUUUCCUCCUUAUUGCAUGAGCAGAAAUGCAUCUCUGUAAACAUGCUAUGUGCCGUUAUAAAUGCCCAAUGAUGGCGGGGGAUAAGUGGUGCUGUUUCUAUGUUUACAGCAUUUCACUGGUUUAUGCCGUGUACUCUCUUUUGCAGUAAAUGUGGGACUCUUCCCCCUGAGAGCUGCUUCUUCAGCCUUAUCUGCAGCACAGGAUCAUUCAUGGGUAAGUCAUCGUGUGCACACGUGAACAUUACAUGCAUGUGAACAAGUCCCAAGCAUCGAUACCAGCUUCAGUUUCAGCUGUGAGUCACCUGAUGAGAAGCAGCUUUAUCAAAGAUCCCACUAUCAUAUCAUUUACUCUGUUUAUUUGUCGGCUGGCAGAAGCGAACAUAACAUCUUUAUAUUUGUUGCUUAUUUGUUAGUAACGAUAAAAGCAAAUUCUCACUGUUCAAUCUUGGAACCAGUUGCUGAAUGACAUUUUUUCCACUUAAAGAUGAUUAAACUGAUUGUGGUUUCAACUAUUAAAGCAGCUCCUGACUAAUUUUAUGUCCCUCAGCCUCUAGUUUGAGUAGUUUGAGUAAUUCACAAAUGGAAAAGAGCUGAUCACAAAAAUAAGUCGUACCCUGCCAGCGGGGGGUUCGAUUACAAAACACAAUAAAUGGCCCUCCCUGAGUCAUGUUAUGUCAUAUCAUCAUUGUGUUAUCACUUUUGUUUAUAUUCUAAUCAAGCUUUGUUCCCCUGUGUUCACAAAUGACUUUCAUUCGCUUGACUUAUUGUCCAUCAGCUCUGUAUUGUCUCCUCACACACAUACAGUCGUGGCACCGACAGCUUUCCUCUCCUACAGCGCAGCAGCAGCAGCAGCAGCAGGUCCCACCCCACCUCCUACUGUUUCUGCUUUUUUUCAAUGCGUCUGAUCUUUUCACAAUCAUUGGCAGCAUGUUUUAUAAAGACGCCCAAACACCACAACAUUCGCUUUGAAAUCUUUGAUCCCACAUGAUCGCUUUCUCGCUCCUAGUUGUAAGACAUUGGGGUGAGAGAGGGGUGAGAGAUAAUCUCCUUCAUGGAUAAAUAAAGAAACACAGACACUUGGGCGGACUGUACAGAUAUCAACUGUUUAGGGGUUAAAAGAGCUGUCAUUAUUAAGUGAUAAUGCUGUCGUACCCGAUCAGAUGGCUGUGAAGUGAUUUACUAUAGAGCCCCGGGGCAUAUGCGAUCCCAUGCACACAGAUAUCAAAUCCUUACUCAUGGUAUAUAACCUGUACCCAUGAAUUUACUAACAGUGAGUAUUGAUUCAUCAUUCUUACUCACGGAUCUGCAAUCUGUGCACACAGAUUACAAAUUUGUACUUACAUAAUGAUGUCCUUUUCUAUUUUACAAUGACUGGAUCAUUAACACGGCAAACACAUCCGGCAAGAACAUCAUACUUUUAUGUAUUUACUGGUAGGCCUAGAUAUGAUGCUGUUGGGGGAGUAUCAUCCUCAUAUACCUUUUACUACCUGGCUGUAUCAUCUGUUAAGAUGCAGUAGCCUGGGAUUUGCAUAUGCGACUUAAUUUUUUCCUACCUGGCAACUAGAGGGGGUCCAUAAUUUACAGCAUGCAGACCACAAUAUCCUUCAUUUGCAUUUACGCAGCUGACAUUUCACAGCAGUACAUUAGCAAUUUAAAAGGGAGCUGGAGAAGAUUUUCCACUCAAUGAUGGCAACCAAAAGUGACAAAGUUAAACCAUCUCAUAACUUAUUAAAGAGGAAUGCAUUAAAACAGGAUUGGUUGAUAAUUAUGAUCUGAAUCCAUACUAAAAACAGCAUUCCUGAAACUACAUUAGCAUUAGAAAAUUAGCUGUGCAUCAGAUGGUGAAAAAUUAAACAGAGUUGUUUUGAUCUGUUAAGACCUCAGAAUAACGUUAGUUCAAGAUAACCACUGAAAAUGCAAAAACUACAACCACACUGACCGAGCGCUCGAGAAAACCCUGCAUGUGGUCCGUCCAAAUCAAAGAGAGGGAAGAAAUAACAACAAAUUAAGCCUCAGAAUAGUUUGAUGCAGUGGGUAUUUUGGUAGGCAUGAGGAAACAUGCAUAAUCAGAAAAGGGGAAUGAGGUCCCAUGUGCUGGCCUGUAUGUUUUUUGUGAGUCUACACGUGCUGUUCCCUGCACCAACUGGUGGGUCUGAUCUGGUUAAUGUUUCCCAGCUGUGGUAGAGACAUGUUCCCUGUAUACGUGCGUGUGCGUGUGUAAGUGAGUGUGUGUAUGCGAGCGUGCACGUAUAUAAAGCGGGGGAGAGUUUUCUCUGCCUUGUUUGUCUUUUCAUAAGAAGUCUCCAUGACUAGAGCAGCUAUUUAAGGCCUGUCUGUUCGCCUGUGUGAUUGGCUGACUGUUGGUAGUCCCAUCUGAAGGGAAGGCAGAGACAUGACAACAUAAUGAUGAUUGUUGCUUCAGAAAUAGCUACGAUAAUGUAGGCUGUAUCCUGCGUGUUGCUCAGAUUCAGAUUACAGCUCUAUUUAUUCUGAAAACAGAGAAACCUGUUUGUGUGAGUUUGACCAACAAUGUCAGCCAACCUUGACCCCAAAAGCUCAGUUUGUCAAUCUGUCAUCUUUGUGUACAUACACUUACUUAUAUGUGUGGAAGAAAGUGAGAAAGGAUGUACGUAUUUUUCUUUGACUGAGCUGUAAGCUACACAAAGGUAGACAAACAACAAUGGAGCAGACAAACAAUGCAGCAUCACAAGGUUAACAGCCAAACAAAAUGAACAGAGAGUCUCUGAAACUUUUCAGUACAAGUAGAAGAAAUAACAGGAUACGUUGUUUAAAAACUGUCUGUUAUAUCAUCCUCUCUAUUGGUCUUUCCUUGUGCGUAUCUACUAUUAAUCACAGUAAUAAGCAAACUGAACUGCACUGAAUGUUGUGCUUCACUCCCAGUGUCACAAAGACCCUCAAGAUUUCAAUGGAGACUCUUGGAACUAAGUGUUUAUAGCUUAAAAUAAAACCAGCCUACUUAAUACUACAAUAAAAGCUUUAUUUUUAUAGCACUUUUAUAAACAGAAGUUUGCAAAGUACUUUGACAAACAGCCAUAAAGCACAGAACAUCAGCACAUAAAAAUAAAAACAAAUAAAAAACAAAAGCUCAGUUAAAACAAGGCCUCCGAAUUGAAAGCCGAUUUCAUUUGUCAUAAGGAACCCAGACAAUACAGGAACCCUACAACAUAAAAUGAGACCAUGAGGACCAAAAUAAAAAUAAAAAAUAGGUAAGAAAAAGAAAUGUGAUAAUAAAAAAAGGUAGAAAUCAGGAAACCGGAUAGAAAAUUUAAAAAGACGAUAUUAAUGAUGAUAAUAAAAUCAAACCAAAAUAAUAAUGAUGGUAAUAGUAAUGAUAAAAUAGAAUGAACAGGAAAAAAAUCAAUAAAAGUAUAACAAAGGCUAAAAAGACAGUAAGUCGAAAUAGGAGAAAGGUAAAAGAGAUAAAAGAAAAACGAGAAAAUAUUAAAUAUUAAUAUUAAAAUCAAAUCUCUUUAACAACAGUUUUAAUACAGAGCAGCCUGGUUUUUCUUUUUUUAAUCAAAACUAAAAUAUAAUCAACUGUAAAAAAAACUGUAUAUAGUUAUUGUUUCACAACCACUUACACUGGUAUAUCUGCAUUUAAGCAAUGUAAGCGUGCAUCUUGGUAUGUAGGUACUUCCAGGUACCUCUGCUAGACGGGGAGCUGUGUUAUCAGCGAAUAUAACACAAACACCCACAUAGGGAUUAAUUGCAUUAGAUGACUGCGUCGUCUAUAAUGCUGAAGUGAAGCUACAGUUACACCCAGCUGUUUGGCUCUGCAGGUGAUUUCAGUCCACAAACCAUCAGGUCAUGUUGGGUUGCAUUCACAGCCGCCCUGCCUGCAUGGUUUCCUCCUCAAUCUAAUUAGUUCAUUGCAGGGCAUGCUAAUACUUAUUGUAAAGCAAGUUAAUAUGGCUCCACAAAACUAGGUUAAGCUAAUGUGGCAUGUAGUUGUACAACAGGCUAUUGCAAAUAGUCCGAGCUUAGCCUUUUAGCCUAUUGAUUUGUGUCUCACUUGACAGAUUUAGCUGGCUGCAGUGGGCUCAGGGCUUUACUCUUUUCAUGGACUCGAUGAACUGUACGUUGCCUCAUAAUUAUUAUUCUUUCUUUUAACGUGGCUCCCACCUCUCUGCCAGAGUACACGCACACAAUGUUUCAAAGACAGUGCAUGUACUCCCUCGCAGCAUACCUCCUGUGAGAGAGAAUGCGGCCUGGUGUUUGGGUUGAAACGCAUCUCCUUGAGGGGACUGUGGAGUUUAUUUAACUGUGAGGUGUGGUGUGGCCAAUGUGAGGUUGAUGGGAAAUGGACUUGUGAGUGAGAGAGAGAGAGAGAGAGAGAGCACUUCACAGGUUUUAGUGUUAAACCACGUCUGCGCAAAGGCAAGUCUGUGCCUGCGAUAACGGGCUGACAUAUACACGUUUUUGCAAAGGUAACAUAAGUGUAUGUGAGUGCGUCAGUGUUCCAGCCAAGACUCUGCUUCCUCCCUCAGGCUUCCUGAGUCCAGAGUUAAGGACGGAGAAAGCACCCAGAUGAAGCACGGUGACAGAGGCGGGGUCAGUGUGAGGGAAACAAGUUGGCGGGGCGUGUUUAUGAAAACGUAUUCCUGUUAUUGAGCUUUUAUUAGACAACAGUUAAUCCUGACUAUUAGAGGCCAGGUGGAAGGCAUCCAUGCUGCUUACUCAUCAGACACGUAAUGUCCUUGUGCUGGAGACGCCUGUGACCCCUCAACGUGACAUGCAUCCUUGAAGGAACCAGCCGGCGAAUGAGGAAAACAGCUGUGCCUUUUCGGGCUGUGUGAUAAAUUACUAUUUCUUCAUAAUCACAGUUUAAGCUUCCACUGCGAUGAAUAACCAAACUGAUUCUGUGUAAACAAGUGCUUCCUCACUUAGCAGUUGAACAAUUUUGGCUGUUGGGUCUUGAUAACAGAAAUGAGCUUUUCGAUCUUUUAAUAUUAGCUGUGAGUUAUGACUGAUAUAACAUGUUUUGUAUAUCAAGAUUCAACUGUCUAGACUUAACCUAUAUCAUGUCAGCCUAUAGCGUGUUAGAGUGAGUUUCGUAAAAGUCAAAUACAGAUAAGCAGAGUAAUGGGAGAAAUGUUCAUCCUUCUUUAACCUUCGGGCCGAGCUGACAUCAUCCUCUGAUCGCUUUUAAAUGCCAGCAAGCUCAAACGUGCUCGUUUGUAAUGAUGAAAAAGUCAUUUUGUUGAAAGAGAGGGAAAAACCACAGCCAGCCAGUCUGCAGCCAAGAGGCUGAGAUGCCGUAAUGAAGGAAACUGCAGCUGACUUUUUGUCCCUGUAGCUAUAGAAUAUGAGCUCCAUUUGACAGAAGAAGAAGAGGAAAAAAAAGAAAGGAGUUGGCAAAGACAAAGACAUGAUUGUUUCUAAGCCUGGAGACACUGCUGUUUGUUUUUCCAAGAAUGUUGCUGAAAUCACUUUACAGAGAUGAUUUUAGUGCAGCAGGAACAAAAACACACUCAGGAGACUGGACUUCAGGACAUGGACAAAUAAACAAAUGUUAUAUACAUUUGAAUCUACAUUAUCAGAACAUUAUAUAACAUGUAUAUAUUAACUAGACAUCCUGUGCAUGUAACAUGUGUUUCCCUGGAAGUUCGUCUGCGACUGUAUUUAUCUUUAUCGACCUGGACAUGUUCAGUUAUGUAAUGAAACAUGCUCCAUGUUAAAGCUACUGUAAGGGACUUUUGGCUUUUAUUGAUUUUAGACCUGUUUAACAGAGUGUCUCCUUGCUGAAAAAACAACCUGUUGUUGCAAAAGAGACAUUACAACAACCAUCUUUGUGGUUUGUUUGCUUUAUUAGAUCAUGAAUUUUAGCAAAUCAGUUAAAAACUCCUCAUGGUGUCAGUAUUUACAGCAACAUUGUCAUAUAUUUGCAUGCUGUUGUGUCUCAAAAACCAUCAAUCUUGCAAAGGGUGAGGCUCUUACUUGCUUUUUGCGGGAUUAAAAUUCAACCCUGUCAAAUUUAAUUUGUUCUUAGAGCGGUUAGAGAGCAAGAGCUGCUGCAGUAAAAUGACAAUAGUCUUAAAUGCUUUUUAAAUGUUACUCGAAACUAUUUGUCUUUGUUGAGACCGUGAAGACAAAUAUUUGUGUUCUCAAGAGUUGUGUUUUUCUGUUUUUCUUUUGGAUGUCCUCGCAGAUUUUUGCUUGUGGCCAGAAUUUCCCCCUUUCUUCAUCAAUAAGAUCGCUCACAACAAAAUUAAGAUGAAUGGCUGCCACUUUUUUUUCUAUAAGUCAUCAGAAGUUGAAAUAAAAAAACUAAUUUACCAAUUGGAGAACUUUCCUGACAUCCAUCAUGGUUACUGGUUCAGGUUGAGGUUGUGGUCAGCUUAUGAAAUGCAACCUGUCAUUGAGGGGCCGGUCCAGACUAAACCCUGACUAGUGGAGACAAAGCUUUACAUUGUUAAAUCCUGCACUGGAGUUUUCUUUCCUCUCUCUCUCUGACCGCACUUUCCACUUAUUUUCUUUUUUUGGCAGCAUGGACCGCCUUAGAGCCUGUAACUUUGACUAAGAUAGUGACAGCAGUGAGUAAAGACAGCAGUUCAAGCCCUGGGACUAAUGUACUGGCUUCAGGUCACAACACAAGGGGCUCCAUGUCCCCCUUAUUUCUUUAAACUCUCCUUUUUUUCCCUCUCACCCCAUUUUCACCAAACCCAGUCAGCCUUCGUCAGGCAAUAGGCGUCAGGAGCUAACAAAGAGAAAGCAAGCGGGGGUCGACCUCCAACAAUACCCCCAGUCACAGACUAUUAGCACAUCAGCAGUGGUCUGUCUCAUGUACUGUACUCAGUUCCCCUCCACCUUUUGAUCUUACGUAAGACUCGGACCAGCCCUCACACAGGCAUCAGCCCCACUUUCCCGCCAAUUCAUGCUUCUCAUUUUUCCAUUCUGAGCUUGUGUAACUAAAUCAGCUUUCUGGAAAUCCAUGUGUUUUUUGGCUAAAUGAGGUCUGUGUGUGUGUGUGUGUGUGUUUGCAUUAAUUGAACCCAGGCCUUGAGAAAUAAUAAUACCCCCAAACCUGCUGUGUGUGUGGUGCUUUUCCAGAACAAACAGACCUCCCCUCCUUUCCUGACAGCCUUCCACAGUUCUGGUCCAGAUUUAUUUAUUUAUCAACUGAAGUACUGACUCAUCUUCUUCUUGUCUCUUUGUCUGUUUUCUUUCUUUUGUUCUAUAGUUAUGGUGAUUGUGCUGCUCCGCUAUGCCCACGUCAUUGAGAAGCACCAAAACUGUGUUCUUAACACAGCGAGUCUCUCCACAGGCUGGAUCUGUGCCGCUGGACUCAUCAUGGUGGGCAACUUCCAGGUACGCUGACCCUGUUUACUCACCUAGUAAAGCAAACAUGGCUGAAUGGGAUAACAAACAAUAUACAAGAUAAAAAACAGAUGAUAGCUAAUGAUAUUCAAUGAGGAAAACAAACAUUAUGGUGAUAAAGAAAAUAAUUUAUAAUGCGCCUUUCAAGAUCAGAGCUGCGAGGUGUUCUUCACUGGCAGACAUUAACAUGCAAGGAGUAAAACAACAAAGUUAAAUAACCAAAAUAUAAAAACACACAAUGUUUGCAGGACUUUUACAACUAGGAUAAAGUGUCAUACUCCAGGACCCGAGCUAAACAGUUUAGCAGGUCCUGUUUGAUAAGAAACACUUCUGUUACAGACACUUGACUUACUUUGUUAAAGCGGUUUACCUGUCCAGCAGAAAGGUUACAGGGUCCGCAAGAUCCCGAAGCAUCCCCCAUCAUUGUUGACCGGCUUCUUAACUCUUGUCUGGUCUACCGCCUUUUUAAGCGCCCGCUAUUCCGCCAGAGUCUCCAGUAUUUACUUUUUUUUCUUGCUUGUGUUAGCAGUCGUGGCUAAAGGAGGAUUCAGACAAUUUCCCGUACUUUCUGGUUGGUUUCUACUGUCCAAUAUUGUAGCACGCUAACUUUGUUUGGGCUCCUGAAUGACUCGACGACAGCGUCCGCCUCACGACCAAUCAGGAUGGGGGAGGCGGGGAAUGCCUUUGUUUACAGUCAGAAAGAGCGGAGUGCUCUGAAAUUUUAAAAUGUUGACUACACAGAUAUAACAAAACACAGCGAUAUCGUUAUUUUACCAAAUGUCAUCAAUAACUAAUAGCUAUUGACUGAUGCUUCUUUAACAGAUUCCUGCCUACCCCACCUUUAACUUGAUAACAAGCUGAGAGGUUUAGAAACUUUCUGCUAGAAGACCUUUUACAGCAAUCAGGUGCUCAAGGACAUCUGUCUUCUAGUGACAGUUUGACUAUUGCCCAAACAAAGUCCUUCACAAUAAAAAUAUCUAAUAUAAUUGAAGCUCCUGAGAGGAACUUCUGGAUUCGGUGCCCUCCUUUGAUAAAGCAGCGUGGUUUAUCUCUCUAUUUAUCUUGUCCUGUGCAUGUUUUUAACACGAAACAGAUACUUUUACUUACAGGUAGUCAAAUCCCUCACCACAAAGUAAACCUUUCCCUUUGAAAGUGUAAACAAAGCAUGUUUUGACAGAGAGCUGUAAAUCUUCUGUGUACCUCACACCCCUGGCAGUGAUUACCUGUGGCAGAGAUAAUUACUUUGAAAUAAUAAAUCAUGUUGCUGAUGAUCUCUGUUGCUGCUUUAUAAGGUCAUUUAACACCACCAGUAUUGAUUUCAGUCUGUUUUAUUACUCAUCGCACAAGCUUUCAUUAAUCCUACGAGUGAUUUUCAGGCUAAAUAUCAAGAGUAUCUGGUUGUUGAUUCUUCAGUCAAGUAGUGUAAUUGCAGGCCUGCAGCCUCUUCUUUUUUCAGUCUCUGUCGUGCACACAUCUUGAUUUUCACAGUAAAAACAAACUCAGGUGUGCUAAAAGCUGAGGUGAAACUCUGCUCAUUUUUCCAGGUUGUCAAGUGUUAAAACUUUUGGCUCUGGGAGAGGAACCUGAAUUCCUUCCCUGUAGAUGUUUGUUCUUUGGAGAAGAGUUUGUUCAAGUUUAAAUAUUUGGAGCUCUGGCUGGAGCUCUGCCCUGAAUGUGUUUGUGUGUCUUUUUGAGAACGCCGUAGUUACAUGUAGCUUUUAGAAGACAUUUGUGGUAUUUUUAUUGAAGUAACGAGCUGUGAAUGAAUUUAGCGAUAAAAUAAACACAGUUUGGUUUCUCAUGAGAGCCUGGAAACUCCUGUGACAUUUAGUUACUUCAUAUUUUGUCCUUUAACUUUUAACAUUUAAACAAUACUCGACUGUUUAUGGGAAAUAAUCGUGAAUGCCUGAGGAGGUAGAAGACAUUGGCCCAGCUUUCUGCCAAAACAUGCCCUCAGUUUUUGAUACUAACUUUUAAAAGCUGCAGUGGCAAGAGACAAAACUUUUUAUUUACUUGUUCACGAUUAAUGUUUUCAUUGUCACUGUGAAAUCAUUUCCAGAAAACAGUCCACAUGCUACUGUUUCACACAGCGUCCUCUUCCCUGAGACAGACUAUAAAUCAUAGUAUGUUCAUGAUUCAUUAUUCUGAGGGUGUUUGCUCAUGUAGGAGUAGUGACCACAUUGAUUUUCACUUCCACAUCUGUUUUUCUUACAACAUCAUAAUUUAUUAGCCAUGUUUCCACCGUUAAUGGGGAGGGUGAUUAGAUACUCAGAGCUGCAUUUUUUCCUUUCUUCGUGUUUAAUUUAGAGGAGAAAGAUUAGCAAAUAAAUCUGAGAUAUGGAAAAGUACAACUACCUGUGUCUGAAGUUCUCUGUGCGCUGAAAAAGACUAGGAAAAGUACUUUUACGGGAGUGUGUUGAACAGAUGUGCAGUGGCAGUUUGUCUUAGAGCACAGAAAGGUCGUCUGCACCACCUCUGCUCUGCUCUGCAGAACUGGGAGGAAUUUAACGGGAAGAGCCAGGGGGAAGUGAGUCAUCAAGUCUGGCCAUGCAUGGAGGGGAGCUGGGCAGACAGGGUGUGUGUAGCCGGGGCCUCGCCUAUAACCAAUCACAGGCCAGAUCUUAGCCACUCACCCGCUCGCAGACUUGCAUCUCUUACAGUCAGGGACAUUCCAGCGGGAUGGAAAUAGAUAUGUCAUCGAUGGAAAAUAAACAUUUAACGACAUAAUGGAGCAGAGAUUCUGCUGCAAAAUGAAGCUCAGACCCAAACUCACACACUGCAAACAAACACACGGACUCAUCAUCCUGAGGCAAACACCACAAACACGCAGGGAUCAGUGGGAGAGGACAGCAGCCAACAUUUGAUGAAACUGACAGAUCAAAGAAAAACAACACAUGGAAACUUCCUCAGCGGUGGCAACCACGGUUUGUAGUUUUGUGUUAUGUAAGACUUUGGCAGCGCAGCUGUGGUGUGGCCACUGGGGCUUUUCCUGUCAGGCGGUCUGCCGGUUUUGGGCUGAGAAACGCACGUUUAGAUGAUGGAGAAGAACAUCGCUGCCACGCCAAGGCUCGUGCAAGAUGGCUAGGGUUAAUGCUGCUUGUAGGAUGAGAAAAACAAACAUACAUUCAGGGUAUUUUUCAUUACAGUGUAGUGUGUAAGCAAAAUUAGAUUCUCAUCUUGAGAUCCAUACCACUCUCUUGUCGGUACUGUAACUACGGUGGUAAAAGCAGCAGCUGGUUUGUUUAUCUAAGCCUGGAAACAGAUAACAGAAACAUCCUCCCACUUCAAGGUCUUUUCGAGAUGGAGCAAGAGAGGAAAAUUAAAUCGACCUGUAUGACUGAAAAAUGUAAUCAAGUCUGGGUUCAUGGUUCUCGUGCAUCAGUUAGUGUCAAAAGUUGGCUUCAGUCUGGAAGGAAAAAUGUGAUGAUCAUAAUAUUUAGGCUUCGUCAGGUGAAAACAUUUCCCCUCGAUCAAGACUGUUGUGUCAGAACACUGUGAUUAUUUACUUUCUGGGGAAUUGACUAAGUGUGUGGGCUCGUCUUCUUCCUCUUCUUGCUGCCUGUCCUGCACCUACGUGAUGUCCGUACAGCAGCGCUUGUGUAAUAAUGCGUCUGACUAACUAAAACAAAAGCUUCAGGACUUCUGUGAGAAUUCUUUACACCCCAUUGAAUUUUGUAACACCGGGAACAUUUGGUACAAAAACAAUAUGUUGCUCAGAAGUCCGUGGAUUUUGCUUUAUUUAUGGGGCUGUUUCAGUGUUUCUAAGGGCUUCAGUGACUUUUAUGCAGGGGGGUGAUGAUAAUACUAUGUGUCCCAGGUUUAAGAGGGUUUGGUGUCAUGGUUGUUCUAUAAAGACUGAAGGUCAAGACUAUUUUAUUUGGUCCUUUUUUUAUUAUUCUUGAAUCUCACUACACCCUCUAUAAACCCUGGAAAUACACAAUAAAUUGUAUAUGGCACACUUUUUUGGUGUUAUAUAGAGUUAGAGUAAUUCACAUGUCUUCUCCCUGCACACACAUGGUGACAGCUCCCCCCCCUUAAGGGACCGUGAGCUCUGCUGAUUCCAACAUUGCUCUGUGUGAACGUCAUUACUAUUCAUAUAUGCAGGGGAGCUGCUGGUCACUGUCAGGCUGCAGGAACUGAUUUAUCAGCCUGAACUUGCUUAGUCAUCAAGUUGCAUCUUACAUUAGAUUGAGUGUUGCAGAGGUUCAGGUCUAAGACCUUUACAAUGGCAUUUCACACAAAGGUGCAGACACUUAAGUGUAUAAGGAAGCCGCCACAAUAGUCUGGAGGCCUUAGUGCAUCAUUUUUUGUUGAUGGAUAAGUAUUGACUUAACCCGUCUCUUGAUUGAAGAAACAAAGGCUUGACCCGUACCUUUCUGUAUUGUCUAUUUUUCUUUAAAUGGAACCAUGAUUCACAUAAUGGAUGUAAACAAUGCAUGAAUAAUGAAAAAGAAAGUCAAGGCCAAUAACUCAAUAAGGGAAUCAUUACGGUGGGUUGAAAGAGGAGAGGUUAUCUGUAUAUUGUGAAUUCGCAGCAGUGUCUAUGAUACUGGUGUGGUUUCUCUCAGUGCAUUUACAUUCACAUUCAAGCACAUGCACACCCUCAAAGCUUUGUUCCAUGCUGCCUGUGCCGCUGGUUCACAGUCAUCCCAGCUCACCCCCCUCUGUUCCUACCUCUGAUGCUGGUGCAUUGGGGGUGGGGUGGGGGGUGACUUGGUCCUACCAUUAUCCCUUUGAGACACGAAGGCGAGAUGUCACAGGACGGUCACUAUUGUGCUUUUCACCAGCAAUAUGAAAAAAGGUUUUGAGUAUUUACAAUUUAACUUACUGUUUCAAACUGUGGAGUCUCCUCCUGGUGGUCAGUAGGAAGAAUGCAGGUUUAAGGCACGCACACACAUACUCUCUAAGGCUGCAUUUACUUGUUAAAUAUAUGAUAUACUGUCUAUGGUGGCUAUUUUUGGCUGCUGCAGGAAAUAUGAGAUGUGGCAGACAAAGGCAGAUAAACACAAAGAUGUAAUUUCUGAUAUAAAAACAUAUAGAAAUCUUUAAGUGGCCAAGCCCAGCCCUCACCUCAUCUUGUUAUCCCCUAUAUGCCUCUCUGCCCACAUGUUUCAUUGUUGUUUAUCAUUGCUUGUGCCAUUGCUUUUCAGAGCCUUUUAUUACCCUCUAUCACAUAUCAGUUAUUCAUAGUCUUAAAUGUGUCACCCCCGGGCCCACCUGUUGUCCUCUUCCUUAACUCAUGGCCCAUGCAUGCUGUGUCAAAUGUGAAAACAUACAUUAAGUUGUACAGGAACAGUGUACCCGCGGGGUUAAUGUGUCACUAAUGCAGCAGGUAAUGACUUUAAUUCGUGAUAUAUCUAGGGCACCAGACACACACAAACACCUACCUACUCCCACACACACUCUAGUGGUAUAGACAACAGAAGAGUGUAUCUAUAUAUAUUCUAUAAGCAUUUUUAUUUAAUUCAGUCACUCUUCACUUCACUUCACUUUAACUUUAUUGUGUCCCAAAAUGGGCAAAUCGGGUUGCAGCAGGCACAGGCAUUUAAAACACAGCCAUACAUCAUAAAAUAGAAUAAAAUAAAAUAAACACAUUUACAUAAAAAACAGUUCAGGAGGUAAAAAGCUUUAAAGAUGAUUAAGAAGGUAAAAAAAAACAAAAACAAAUGUCAGUCGUACCAGUAUUUUUGUGCAUAAAAUGCAGAAACAAAGUAAAAUAUGCUCUUAAUUACUUGGAUUAAUUUCUUUUCCAUGACAUUAAAUUGAAUUUCUUUGAGUUGAUUUUAGCCAUUAUCCCAUUUUUAGCUUAAUUCAUUCCAUUAAAUCCAAUCUAAUUUCAGUUACAUACAAUUCAGUCACAUUCUAUUCACUUACAGUUAACUGGCUUAAUAAGUUUUAAUUGAAAAGUAUUUGGUGUGUGAAGUAAAUACAGAUAUGAAUUACAAAGAAGAGGUAAAAGCAUAAAAAAAAACUUUCUCAUUCUGUCCUUGUGCCACAAAAGCAACAAUUUGACAUAUAAUCAAUCAUGAGGCCAAAACUGUAAAAUGUGUGUUAUAUGUAAAGAUAGUAUGAUGUAGGUACAGGAGAUGGAGAGGAGUAACAGUUGAAAUAAAAAACCCUCUUUUUCCCUGGAACAAAAUACACUCAGAAAACUUAAAAAAAACGGAUUGUUAUUUCAGUCUCAUCUUCAUCUUGGCUCCUGAGAAAUCACUGGCAUUUGCUGUGUGUGUUUCUCACAAGGGAGCUUUCUAGAAAUCUUGCGCUGCUUUGCUUACAGGAUUAACCUACUGCACAGGAAUGUUGAGUACGUACGAGUCGGGUCAUUGAACUUACAGGGCCAAACCUCAAUAACUUCUGGAGUGUGGCUGUAAUGAUCCCUGAGAAUCCUGUGGAGCUGAGGGACGCUGUCAUUUCAAACAUCAGUUCAUAUCAGUGCAUCUAAACCCUGUGUGACUUGGUUUGUGUGGAUCCUGGAGUGGGAGCUGUAGUCACAUGGUCCAUUGCGGCUCUUUUGUGCAUUGUUUCAUAUUGUUCUUGUGACCAGCAGGGAAAAGGAGGGUUUCUGAGCUUUUCUGCGCCCUUGGUUUACCCUCUAUUAUUCUUUUUUUGACUAUAUCACAGCACAUAGAAGUCAGAUCCAGAUGCUGACUGAUGUUGCCCGACUCUCAGUGAACAGCUGAUUAUGUGUCUUCUCUCUCUGUCUCUCAUUGGCAGGUGGAUAAUGCCAAAGUCCUCCACUAUGUCGGAGCAGGCAUCGCCUUUCCUACCAGUAUGCUGUUUGUGUGCCUGCAGUCGGCGCUGACUUACCGACUGGCCAAGACCCAAGGGGAGUACAACGUGGCCCACCUCCGGCUCUGCAUGACCCUGCUGGCCUUCGUGGCCUUGGUGCUCAGUAUCCUCUGCAGCUGUGAACAGAUGGCAGCCUUCAGACUGUGAAGGGUUUGAAUAUAGGGAAUAGAGUAGCGCUGCCAGCAUGGUUAGGAUGUGAGCAUCUCCAGAUAUCAAGUCCUGUCUUUUCGUUUCUGAGUCUGUUGGUUAGUAAAGAACAGGAAUUGUCUCGUCACAUGACUUUGCUGUUGCUACCCUUAACUUUGUUUCCAGGCGGGGUGUUUUUCUGCCAGGAGAGCUUCGUCCUGCAGCACGCCUCGGCCAUCUUUGAAUGGGUGUUCUGCGUCAUCGUCAUGCUGUUUUACGGGACGUUUGUCUUCGAGUUUGCCGGCAUGUCGGGGGAUACCAUGGCAGUGCUGGCUAGAGGAGGAGCCCUGGGACCCGCUGGGAGAGAACACAAGGUGGACGCGCUGGGACCACUAGGAGGGCCCGGUCCGCUCUCGCAGCCUCAUCCACACCAACCUGAAAACAUGUCCAUCCUGUAG